GGAUUUCCCCCCCUUUCCCUCUCCCUCUCUCUCUCUUGGUGAGGCUGGCCAAUAUUGCUGCUGCAGCCAGCAAGGAUGAUAAAAGAAAGAGCAUCGGCUUUCAGGGGGCAUCUAGAACAAGAAGAGAAGAAUACAGAACGGUGAAAGGGGGUUCUAACCACUUCUGCACAUCAGGAGGAACUAAGGCAAAGGCUUCCCAAGGACUGGGUGUUUGCAGUUGCCACUGUUACUAUGUGGAAGGUGGGCACCCCCCACAUUUGGGCCUUUGGCUCCCUGCUGGCGGUCUUCUGGGCAGAGGGCAGCCAGAGGAGGGCACUGGAGAGCGGUCUCCGUCGCCGCUCCCACCGCGUGCAGCAGGGGCGCUGCAGCUACACUUUUGUCCUGCCAGAGGUUGACCCUCUGCCCUGCCACCAGCAGCGCCCAGGGGACACCUUCAACCCCAACAUCCUGCAGCGGGAUUCACCGGCCGGACCCUUGCUGAGGAGCGAUGAGGAGGACCAGUCUGCCCAGCGAUACCAGCAGCUUGAACGGGUCUUGGAAAACAACACCCAAUGGCUACUGAAGCUGGAGAGCUACAUCCAGAUGAACAUGAAGUCAGAAAUGGUGCAGAUCCAGCAAAAUGUGGUGCACAACCAGACGGCCACCAUGCUAGAGAUCGGCACAAACCUUUUGAAUCAAACAGCCGAACAGACCAGGAAACUCACAGAUGUGGAGGCCCAAGUACUCAACCAAACAUCCCGUAUUGAGAUCCAACUUCUGGAGAACUCUCUGUCCACAAACAAGCUGGAGAAGCAACUCUUGAUGCAGACGAAUGAGAUCCAUAAACUCCAGAACCGAAACAGCCUUUUAGAAACACGGGUCCAGCAGAUGGAGACGAAGCACCUGAUGGAGCUGGAGGGGAUCCGGAAGGAGAAAGAGCAGCUGCAGGAGCUGGUGAGCCGCCAAAGUGACACCAUUGAGGGCCUGGAGAUGUCCUUACAUGCUGCUAACAGCAAUGCUAGCCUGCUCCAUCAUCAGCAGUUGCAGCUCCUGGAGUCUGUCCAGAAUUUGGUCCAGCUGGUCUCCCAAGGCAAAGUUCCUCCUAAGAAAGAGAUCCGAAUGUUUCAGGAUUGCAUGGAAAUCCUCCAGUCUGGAAUGAACCGCAGUGGGGUCUACACCCUCCAUAUCAACAAUAUGACUGAACCCAAAAAGACCUAUUGUGACAUGGAGACAGAUGGUGGCGGAUGGAUUGUGAUCCAACACAGAGUCAACGGCAGCAUCAGUUUCCAAAAGAGCUGGAAAGAGUACAAACAGGGUUUUGGGGAUCCCGCAGGAGAGUAUUGGUUGGGGAAUGAGGCGGUCCAUCUCUUGACCAACCAGGCUGCCUUUUCUCUGAGGGUGGAUCUCCUGGACUGGGAGGGACAUCGUGCUUAUGCCUCGUAUGAGAAGUUCCAGCUUGGGGGCGAGAAGCAACGGUACAGGCUGUUCUUGAAAGGCUACCGGGGCACGGCUGGGCAGCAGAGUGGCUUGCCCCUCCAAGGCACUGGCUUCAGCACUCGAGAUGCAGAUAAUGAUAACUGUAUGUGCAAAUGUGCCCAGAUGCUGUCUGGAGGUUGGUGGUUUGAUGCCUGCGGCCUCUCAAAUCUGAACGGCAUCUAUUACCCAGCCAGGCACAACAUCCGGAAACUGAACGGGAUCCGAUGGCAUUACUUCCAGGGACCGGGAUAUUCGCUGAAAAGCACGCGGAUGAUGAUCCGGCCUUUGAGUGGCCGCGAAGCAGUGUAGCAGAAGGUGGCUGGGACACCAUUUCUCUGGACCAACAAGGAUGCUCCUCGAUGGAUCAUGAAGGGUCUUCUAUCCUAGACUUGUGGCAACGGAGCAAUGGCAGACUUUCUGGGAAUGAUGUCCCUUGUGAAAAGCGAUCAGGAAUUCAUCAAAGAUGCAAGCAGCAAAUCUUACCUUUCUGAUAACGAAUGGAAGCUUUCAGAGGUAUCUUAGGAUACCAAUGAAAAGAAGAGGGGACUCUUGCAUAUGUUAAUGCUUGUCCUUUGGGGGAAAUAUAUGCCAUUUUUAGUCGUAUAGUUGGACUUCUUUUCCUCCAGUUCUCUCUUGGUUUGGAGGGUGUUUGUUUGGAUUUUAAGUCAUGUACCAUCACUACAGUUCAUAACAUAUGGAAAUCUUAUAGUGUAUGCUACAUCCUUUUUGGCACACUUAUGCUCGAGGAAUGUGUUGGCGAACAUGGACAAAGCCUGAAAGUGUUAGAUAUUCAGAAUGGUUGUACUACAGGUGAGUGCAGCCAUUUGGUUGGCGUUGACAUUUAUUCUUUCCCCUAAAAGAGCCAAACUGCUUGCAAUUUCCCUAUUACUGGCCAGUGGCCAUUGUUCCAAGGACUAGACUCAUUUAUGGCAAUGGACAUGUAAGGGAGCCAUUUCAAGGCUGGUGUAGAAUAGUAACCAUUCUCUGUGACGUUGCUAGUUUGCAUUCUGCUUUUUAUAGAGAAGGGGAAAGAGAAGUAAAGUUUUCUUCCUGUUGUCUCCAGUG